UAUAUAAUUAAUAAGUCAUGAGACGUGCAAGAAUAAAAGCUUUAGCUACAGUACCAGUACGUCGAAAAGCAAUACAAGAUGCAUCAGUGGUAGAAAAUCUACAACAAAUUGAUAAAAAAAUACCUGAAAAAUUAAUAGAAAAUGACUUAACAGUUAGAACUGAAUAUGCUUGUAAUGAAGUUAAACAAAUAGAACCAGAGCAAUUAAUUACACAUAAAGUAGAAAGAAAAGGAACAAUCUACUCUAUAAAAGAUAAAGAUUGUGUGGAAUUCAAUGUUUACGAUAAAGACUCAAAGCAAAUUAAUGAUGGACAAAAAAUUUCAAAAAAUGAAUUUCAGCAAAAACUACCAAGUACGUGUAUCGAAGGUUCACCAAUUAAAACAAUGCAAAGUCGUUUGUGCUUUAUGAGACCAACUCCUAGAUUAGAUGGAGGGGGUAGGAUUCGUAGAAAUAGUGUACAUGGAAGUGGUGCUAGUGCAAGUGAAUCAGAAGAUGAUAGUAAAAGAUCAAAUAUCAUUAUACAGAAUCGUGUCAGAAAUGAUUCUAUUAGUUCUAUACAAAGUUUAAAAGAUAAUGGCAAUAUAAACAGUAUUGCAAAAUUAAAUCUGGGCCAAAAAAGGCGAAUGGUUGUAUCUGAAUCUGCAAGAAAACUGGCAGAAGCUAGAAGAGAAUUUCUUUUAAAGCAUGAAAAUAAAUCACCGGAUAAAAGUAAAUUAACAAUGUAUGAUUUAAUUUAUUACAAUCCUACUAGCAAUCCUAUGAAGCAAAAACCAGUAACAAUUAGACCCAGUAUUAGAAAAAUAUCAGUGUGCUCCAUUACUGAUAAAAAAAAAGAAGAAACUGAAGAUGAGCCUUCAGAAAUGUUAGUACCUCAAGUAAAAGUUGGACCAAAUGGUCAAUUAAUAAUCGAUGAACAAAGUCUUGUAAUAGAUCAAUAUAAAGCCCAAAAAAAUAUUGAUCGUUCUGAUAUUAUAAUAGAUGAGGAUACUACAGGAAAUGGCUUUUACAAAAGACGUAAAAAAAGUAAAGAAUGGAAUAAAUGGGAAACUGUGAAGUUUUAUAAAGCUUUAAAUACGUAUGGUACAGAUUUUUUAUUAAUGCAAAGUAUUUUUCCAAUGAGAACUAGACAAGAACUAAAAUUAAAAUAUAAAAAAGAAGAAAGAUUGAAUCGCAAUCUAGUUGAAAAAGCUCUUCAAUAUCAAGAAUUUAAUACAGAAACAUUACAAAAAGAUCUUGCUAGUGUCGACGAAAGUGAACGAAAAGAAUCAGCUGAACUGAAUAAAAUUAAUAAAAAUAUAAAUUUAUCUAUAAAAAAAAAAAGAAAAAGAUGUCAAUUAUUAACUGAAGAAAUCAAUUGUGAAAAUGAUGAUGAAAAUUUAGAAUAUAACAAAAAUACUUGUGAUGAAGAAUCAAGUGAUGAAAGUUCUAGGAUAACUAUUACUAAAAACAUUAAGAAGCGUGUAAUACGUAAACGUAAAACAAUUAAAUCACAAGUAAAUAUUUGUACCAAAUAUUUUAAAAGUAAUUCUGAUAGUGAAUCAGAAAUAUACAAGAUUCAACCUACGCGUUCUGGUCGAACAUUCAGAAAAACUAGUAAAGUGCAAAAAUCAAUAAAUAUCUUUAAUAUUGAAAAUAUAGGAGAUAUUGAACAAAUAGAUGAUAGGUAUAAUAAUAAUGAUGAUGAAGAUAAGGAAACUAAUAGUUUAAAUAGAAUUGAUAAUAGUGUAACUUUAAAUGAAGUCGAUAGUCAAUUAAAUGAAAUAAUUGAAUUGCAAACUGAUGACGAAACUGAAAAUCAAAGCGAGCUAUUAGAAAUAUUGGGAGCUAGUUCAAACAUUUCAACAAAUAUAUUUGAAGGAAUUGUAGAUGAAAUGCCUAAUAUAACAAAUUUAAAGCCUGGAUCAUUAGUUGUUUUAAGAAAAAAUAAUGCUGAUGAAUCAGGAAAGACAAAUUUACAAAUUUAUGUUGUUAGUGCCGAUUAUGAUAAUAAUAAUCCUAAUAUUAAAGAUAAUUUAUUGCCAAUUGAUUUGUCACCUGAUAUAUUAGAAACUGUUACUAAUUGCAUUAAUGAUAAUGAACCCAAAAGUAUUCCUCAAGAAUGUAAUAUAUCAUUGAAAACAGUGUAAAAAGUUGUAACCUAUAUAUUUCC